CUCUUAGGUCAUCCUUUGUGAUGUGUGCGUGACGCGUGACCUAACCUACCCUCCCUAUCUAGUCUUCCUCUUCCUCUCCCUCUUCUCUUUCCUUCUUCUUUCUAUUCUUCUCUCCAUCUUCUCUCCUCUUUCUCCUCUCCGUCUUUCAUCGUCAAAUCAACUUCAAUUCUUUGACUUCACUACAUACACUUGGUUUCUUGAUUUUAAUUAACAUUCAUCUACGAGAUUCAAAUCAUCCAUCAACCUUCACUCAACAUGAUUGAUCCUAUGCAAGCUUUCGAUAUGGAGCCUCUGAGGGGAAGAACCUCUUCUCUUCUGGUUCCGACAAGCACACCCAGUCCAUCCGCUACGCCAUCCGUUGCCCCAAUUCCAAGUGUCGUUCCUAAUGUUCCAACAUAUGAGACCAUGGGUCAUACAGGACAGACGACGCUAUGGGUAAGUGACCCCAAUUCCAACAAAUUUGCUACUUGCUAAUUUGCUGAUUUCCAGGUCGUCUUCGCGAUCAUGUUUGUCUCAACUCUUAUCUUUACCUAUUUGGCUUGGAGACAACCAGUUGUAAGUGUUUGGCACAUUGCCUCUUCGUCAAUUUAUCCAGGUGCUAACCUAUUCGUUCCAUAGCAAAAACGUCUCUUCCAUGUUAUUACCGCAUUCAUCACCCUUUUCGCCACUCUCUCAUACUAUGCAAUGGCAAUUGGUGAUGGAAACGCACUUACACACAUCGUUCAUCGAGAAUCACACAACCAUACCCCAGAUACUUUCGAACAUAUCUACCGACAAGUUUUCUGGGCUCGUUACGUUGAUUGGAGUUUGACCACUCCUCUUCUCCUUCUCGACCUUGCAUUCCUUGCCGGUCUCAAUGGUGCCAAUAUUCUUGUUGCCAUCGUUGCCGAUCUCGUCAUGGUUUUGACUGGUCUCUUUGCCGCUUACCACAAUGACGGAGCUGCUAAGUGGGGUUGGUAUGCUAUGGGAUGCGUUGCUUUCUUGGCAAUCAUCUAUCAACUUGUCAUCCCUGGUCGCCGUGCUGUCUCAAGCAGAGAUGCUAAGACCUCGAAGCUUUUUACUGCCAUUGCAGCUUACACUUUGAUUAUCUGGACUCUUUACCCAAUUGUCUGGGGUAUUGGUGAUGGAUCUCGCACUUGGUCAGUUGAUGCUGAGAUCAUUGCUUAUGCUGUCCUUGAUGUCUUGGCCAAGCCCGUCUUUGGUCUCUGGCUCUUGUUUGCUCAUGAUAGUGCCGCUACAUCUGUUGAUGGAUGGUGGAGCCAUGGCUUGGCUAGCGAGGGUUCCAUCCGCAUUGAUGAUGACGAGGGUGCUUAAGUUUAGUAACGUAUAUUAACCUGUACGAUACUAAUCACGAAUGAUGUGGUAAUGAUGUGUCGGAGGGAAUGAAACAAAUUGUUACAAUUGAUGGGAAAGGAAUGGAGAGGAUGUUGCCAUGGCAUGAAAGAAAUGAGUUAUGAGAUGGCUGGAAUAGGAGCUCGUACUGGCUUAUUUGUUUACAAUUCAAUGGGCAUUCCGCACUGGGGCAUUUGUUAUUUGAGCAUGGAAAACGUCUUGUGGUAUCAACUGCAGUAUGGAGGAUAAUUAUGAAUCAAGAUACUUUAUAAAUUUUUUGAUCUCUG